AUCAUAUAAUAUUUAUAGAUACGAAGUGCAGAAAGGGGGUUGAAAUAAGGAUGAUAAGGGCCAUUUUAUUAAUCCAAUGUUUUACGUUUAUGGCCCCAGUGUAAUCAAAGGCCGUUUCAUGGAGAAUUAAUAGGAAAAGUUGUAUUUAAAAUUGAUUCGUGGAUUAUUCUCGUGACUAUAAUAGGAAUAAUGACGUCUAUUUUCACUUUGACUCAUCUUCGGGGUGCAUGAAUUAAUCUACCAAUUAAAAUAAUGUUUUGGGAUUAUAUGCCCAUCUAUAGGAAUAUAAGAAGUGUCCUUGGCAACACAUUACAAAUACCCAACCUGCUUUUUAAAAUUUGAAUCAUUGCUGUUUAUUUGCGGGGGUACAGGACAUUAUCCCAUGGUUUAAAAUAGAUUCUUGGAUUAUUGUUUUCUUCCGUUUAUAUGACCCGCCAUUAGAUUCAUUUGAAGUGGAGCUGGGUGGACAUAUCAGUUCAUUUUCUAACGACAGAUUUGGCAUUUUAUGUUUGUUUAUUGUAUUUUAUAUUUGUGUGAGAACUGAUCGUUUGUAUUAAGGUAUAUAAUCAUUUGUACAAGCCAGAAUCUGCCUGGAAGACUUAAUACAGUUCUGGGAUUACAUAUUCAACAGGAAUAGAUUGAUCUACCUGAUAAAAGAACAGAGAGAUUUCUUUAUUGUUAUAUUAUUAGAGCCUUGAGGAGGAUACAUUAUAUACGUUAAAUUGUAUAUAAUAUCUCGAUAUCCGAAGUGCGAAAUCUGCCGAAAAUAAGCAUUUUACGCAAUUAAAAAAGUUACAGAAUUCAAGAUGAAAUAUAUGAUUAUGCUGUGUCUAAUAUCCUGGAAUUAUAAAUCUUCGCAAUCAGCUGAGGUGAUUACACCAGGUACGGACAUUGUUUGGACAAUGAUUGAAAGUACCAAAGUAAGUGACAAUAAACAAAUAUGUUUUACGUGCGCUGGUCUGGUAACCAUGGGAACAGUUAGUGCUGGUUACUGUGGAACCUGUUUUGGAGUAUGGAAAGCAACAACAGAUGCAAACUAUUGCAUGUAUUACAUUGGACCCAGUUCACUGGAUUAUGAUAAAGUUCGACAAUAUCGUAUACCAGUCACUUGUCAAAAUGGCGGGAGUUCGGAUACCACCUUUGUUGUUGCUAAGGUAACACCAAAUACACCCCCUUAUUUUGACCAAUCAUUAUCAGAAACGUUGGAUGUUGCCAGUCCAACAAUAGGACAAGAACUGAUCAGGUUUACUGCUGUUGAAGUGGAUACACUAGAUCAACCUUUGACCUUUACUCUCCAACCAAAUCCUUACGAGGAUAAAUUUCAAUUAACAAGACUAACUGGUACAACUGCAAAAUUGUCACCAACUACAGAUUUAACAGAAGUUUGUGAAGAUCAAAUAGUUUUAAAGGUUAUGGUUUCUGAUAAUUUCAACCCACCAGUAGGACCAGUUACAGUUACUGUCGUUCUCAAUAAUGUUGCACCUCAAGUUACCAGUAUGAACCGUGAAAUCCAAUGGGCAGAGAACAAGAGAUUUUACCAAUAUUUUAGAGGAAGUAAUGUGGGAAGUGCAGGAGGCACAUGCACCAUAACCUCUGACCCCGCUACAUAUGCUGCCGAUAUCAACACUGGAGGCUGUGCUUCAACAAUAACAGUCAAUCCGUAUUAUCUACAAAAUGGAAAUGGUUAUGAUUUUGAAACGGAUCCACCGGUUAAUUUUACCAUGGUUUAUAAGAAAGGAAAAUGUCCGUCUAAACCGGUUUGGGUGUAUGUUCGAUGGACGAACGUCAAUGAAAAACCAGUUUUAGAUUUAAACAAAGACGCAUAUUCAGCUCAAGAAGGAAUGAUUGACGUUUUACCCGAUUAUAUACUAACAGACCAAGAUGCUGGCGACACCCACACCUAUAAAAUAGUUACACCUAUAAACCAACGAGAUCCAGCAUUCGAAAUCGACGAAAAGACAGGACGUAUCUACACCACUCAAUACUACACAGUCACUGCUGAAACUGUUGAUAAAACGUUUGAUGUAGCUGUUACUGACAAGGCAGGGCUGACAUCCGAUACUAAAGUAGUUACUAUUACGAUAAGUGAUGCUAAUGAUAAUUCUCCCACACUUGAUGCUUUUGGAACUACCUACUCCUUUACGGAAUGCGAGGAUCCGAAGCCGGUCUUUGGACAACUUACUGCACAGGAUAAAGAUUUUGGGCUAAACGGUGAGGUAGAAUUUGUACCAGCUAAGUCAGUUACGAUGAGCUUAGAUGCAGCAGGGAAUCUGAUACUGGAGAAUAAUCCCAUAGAUAAGCAGUUUGACUCUAUAAACAUCCAAGCAGUUGAUAAAGGAACUCCUUCACGAGUCAGUGAAAUAAGAGAGAUAUCAGUUAUAGGACUGCCCUGUCCCUACACAACACCUCCUGUCAUACCAUCUACCUACCCAACCACCCAACCGCCAACUCUACCUCCAACCACAGAACCUCCGACAACAACCCCACCACCACCAGAGACGAGUAAUUGGUGGGAUGAUCCUACAACUGUUAUUUUGGUUGCUUUAGCUGGCCUUCUGGCCUUUAUACUGUUUGUGUUAGCAGCAUGUUGUUUAGUCCGGUGUUGUGGGGGCUGUUCAAAAGCCAGCCCAAAAGGUAACAUGAUCCAGCCGCAAAAAUAUCAUCCUAAUAAUAUGAGUGGAAAGGCAUCAAACAAAACACCUCGAAACCCUGCUGAUUCAUCCCAGACACCAAGAACCCAAAAUGGAAAACAAACAGCAGAUGGUGAUAAUGAAAGUGGAUAUUCUGAAGGGGGCGAAGAAUUCUAUCUAGAAGAACGCGGGCCUGGGGGUGAUGAAUAUAUUUAUGGUGGAGGUGAAGGUCAAGUUGUUGGUAGUCCUGAUGGUGGAGCUGAUUAUUACUGGAAAGAACAUUAUUCUGACAGGCAACUUGCUGGCCAUCCCGAUAGACGAGCGCUUCCAGCUACUGUGGAUUUUUAGAUAAAAUGCACAAAUAAUCAAAGUGAAUUGAAGAUUUUUAUUUUAUUUUUUAUAAACUUUUUGUUUAUUUAAUAUUCUCAAAAAGGACUUGUAAAACAAAGAAUUAUUUUUAUUACAACAAAAGUGUAGCAUUUUAUUUUCUUACAGUGGCAUUUUCUCAGUCAACAAUAAAAAGAUCGAUUUAAUUGUU